AUGUUUCCUAUAGAACUGCUGCAAAUACUGCCCAAUUCAAAAAAUGAGUUUCGGCUUCAGUUCAAGAAGGUUGUUCAACCAAAAAUAGUGGCCCCAAGGCCAGUUACUCGAGGACCUGUUCCGAAACUUCAGCCACAAGCAAGAAUGAUGACAACUCGAUUGCCACCUCUGCCCCUUGCAAAACCGCAGGCUGUUGUCAUUCCAGCAAAAAGCAUUCCUCCUCCAAGCAGUAUUGCUAAGAGCGCAAACGCAGUAUUUCUGGGUUGUUGCAGAGCAAUAAAGGUUGCUAAAUCUUGCGAGCGCAUAUGCAACUUCGAUAUAUUAAAUAAGAAAACGCUUACGGGAAUGUUCCUUGGAACCGAUCCUUGUCCACAGUCAUACGGUCUCGAUCUCUUGCAAUGUGCCGCACAAAACGAUGAUCACACAACCUGUUGCCGCGAGCGAGGAGUUCAUAAAACGUCAGCGGGAGACAAGUGCCUUGGUUUUUGCAAUAUGCGGCCUGGUGUCAACUUCCAGGUGAGGGAAGCUACGAAUGCGAUUGUGAUUGAACUUUACAGUACCAACAUAGCUGCAAAACUACUUCCCUAUAUGGGGAUUCUCUUUCAUAUUUACUGCUCAUCGCGACUGAUUACAUCAAAGGCUAUCAAAACAACGCAUAACAAACUACGAUUAGACAAGCUCCUCGCGAUCAAGCCGCACAACCUGAUUGCCCGCAGCAGCAGCAGAAACACAUCGCAUAUAGAUUCCAGACAACAAGGCGACUGUGAACAGGCUUACGAUGUUGGAUUGAAAUAUGUCCCCAUAUACGAUGUUUAA